AUGGCGGACAAGUCUGAGUUUCAGCUUAGGUUCUCGGAUCCCCUGAAGGACAAGUACCAGGAACCCCCGCAGUACUCUCUCGUUGAACUGCCACCAGAAUUGUCGAGCUCCUUUCGAUACGGGGACGAGUUGAUGAUGAUGCUGUACUUUGCACCUCUUGUCUCGAAUGCUGGACCCGACGCCCAACAGUCGACAGAUUCUGCACCCGACUUACUUGAGCCCAGUGAAACCAACACGCUAGUGAUUUCCGGAGAGGUCUCAGAGAUACUUGAGCUUGUUCCUACUGUACCGCGUUUGGAGAAGCUCCUUCAUCAUCUUAAGGGCUGCGAGUGGAACGACGACGAGUCGGAUGAAGAAACUUACGAAAGUAAUGUUAAUGAUCCAUUACGAAGGCGAAGGGUAACUUUGGAUGAACUACGAAAUAUCGUGCAAGCUAGUGAUUCGGAGCUUGAAGAUGGUUUACGAAAAGCUAGGGUUUUAAAUCUUGGGGGCACAUUGCGACCACUGCCUAUAUCCAGUCUCACGGAAAUUCUGGUCACCCUUCUACUUACGAUUGGUUCUACUGGUCUGCCGCGGCCACCAAAGCCCAUUCCACUCGUUAAGUUGAUACAGAAUAUUGAAGAUGAAUUUCAAGUCAACCCAGACGUCAUGGAACACAUUGCCAGCUGGUAUGGGACUGUUAAUGGAGAGGGUGACAAGCGUAUGUGGGAGGCAGAUAUGAAAGCCAUAGUAGGAGAAAUAGGCGUUGGAAUACUCCGUAGGGCCGAAGAUGCUGUUGAAGAAAUCGAAUUUAUAGAACGAUGGAAAGAACAAGUCGGGGACAUGUUUACAGAGCAUAUAGAUAUCGCUCUGUUAGACGGUAACUACUUGUCAACGCCCCUCCCUCACACAAAAUAUGGGGAACCUUCAAGUACACUACUAUAUUACCCACGUUCAGCACUGCCAACCGAUGCGGCCCAAAGGUUUCAAACAUUGUUCCUAACUCGCCCGAAAUGGAAGGCGGAAGAUAUCGCAAUUUACCUUGAAGACAUCGCAGUGGAUAAGAAGGAACGGGAUCGUCUGAUGCUCAAGUACACCAGACAAAUAACGGAGCCAGAUGGUGUCUGGGUCACCGCAAGGGUACGGUACUAG